AUGCGAGGAUGCAGUUCAACACCUACUGCCUCUAUUUCUUCUAAUAAGCCUGCACCUCGACCUCCACCUAAUGCAAGUUCAGAUGGAGGUGCAAAUUCAGCUGGAGGUGCAAGUGCUGCUGGAGAUGCUAGUGCAGAUGGAGAUGCAACUGAAGUUGGCAUAAAAGUUACAAAAACACAUAACAAUAAGAGUAAAACCCCUGAAGAUGCAACUGAAGAUGACACAGAAGUGACAGAACCAAAGGGAAAGAAACGUUCUGAUGUGUGGAACAACUUUGAUAUGGAACCCAAGCCUUCGAAAUAUGCAAAAUGUCGCCACUGUAAGACAAAGAUUGCAUCUCAGGGUGCCAAGUAUGGGACAGGUGGUAUGAAUAAUCAUUUGAAGAUAUGUAAGCAGAAGCCCAAGGAGGAAAAAGGACAACAAACUCUUGAUUUUCAACCGGCUAGGCUAGGAGAAGAAGGAAAAUUGGUUGCGGUAACUUUUAAUCAAGAUGCAUGUACACAUGCAGUGAUUUUAUUUGUGAUUUUAGAUGAGCAGCCGUUUAGAGUGGUUGAAGGAGAAGGGUUCAAGGAACUUUGUAGGGUACUUGAAUCCAGAUUCAAGAUCCCUUCUCGUAUGACCAUUUCGCGGGGUGUAUUAAAUUUGUAUGAAGCUGAAAAGGAGAAGAUGAAGAACUACUUCAAGGCAAACAAUGUCAUUCAGGUGAGGGAGGAUGGUCAUUUAAAGGAGCAAGUGAUUAGUUCAAAUGGUGUACUGAAUACUAAGUUUAUGCAAGUUAGAUAUGCUGCUCGUGUGCUUGCACUUGUUAUGAAUGCUGGCUUGGGAGAGUAUCACAUGGCUAUUAAGAGAGUAAGGGCAGUGGUGAAGCAUGUGAUGAGUUCUCCUGCUAGGUUGAGUAAGUUUAUGGAUUGUGCUAAACAAGAAAAGAUAGAUUGCAGAAAAGGUUUAGUUUUAGAUGUGGAUACAAGAUGGAAUUCCACUUACAUGAUGUUGGAAGCUGCUUGUAGAUAUCAGAAAUCUUUUGAAAGGCUAGCACGGGAAGAUAAGGCUUUCAAAAAGAAGUUUUGUUUCAACGAAAGAUCCAUCCCUCCUGUAUUUUUAGGUUCUCUUGCAACUUCUAAGUUCAUCCGCAUUGACAUAGAUGAUGAAGAAGAAGAAGAUUCAACUUUGUUAUCGUGA